AAACGGAACCAUCGAGAAGAUGAGUGGGUCAGAGUUAGACGGAGGAAAAGAUUUCACCGAUAACUCCGAGCAAAAGGAGCUUCUCAACGACCGAUUCCCAUAAACCCUAAACCUCUGCAUCUUCAAAUGCUUCUCCUUUAAUCUUUCUGAUGUUUCGAAAAAUCUCUUCUUCUCUAUCCCGUUCCUCCAUCUUCCCAAUUUCUACCAGACCCAUCUUCAAAUCGGGAUCUUAUCCACAAUCUCUCCAACAAUCUUCGCGUCUCCGCUCUUCCUCAUUGAGAAUCGCCGAAACCCAGAUGUCUGAUUCCCCACAAAACCCUAAUCCGGCCGCAAUUCCAUCAGCCACCAAGCCCGAAUUGCUUCGCGCGCUCGAAUUCCAUCUGGGUUCUUCCUUCAGCGUCGAUCCGAUAACUCCUCCUCCGAAUCCUCUAGUCAUCGUGAUAAGCGGAGCAAGCGGAGUCGGAAAAGACGCGGUGAUCAACAAGCUCAGAGAGGUUCGUGAAAGUCUCCAUUUUGUUGUCACAGCUACGAGCCGCCCGAUGCGUCCCGGAGAACUCGACGGCAGAGAUUACUUCUUCGUCUCGAGGGAUGAGUUUUUAUCGAUGGUGGAGAGAGACGAGCUUCUCGAGCACGCCCUCGUUUACGGCGAUUACAAAGGGAUCCCGAAAAAGCAGAUCCAAGAAUUCAUGGCUAAAGGAUACGACAUCGUUUUGAGGGUCGACAUUCAAGGAGCUCAGACGCUUAGGAAGAUUCUUGGCAACUCUGCAGUGUUUAUCUUCCUUGUGGCGGAGAGUGAGCUUGCGAUGGUUGAGAGGUUGAUUGAUCGGAGAACGGAGAGUCAUGAGGAGCUGCUUGUUAGGGUUGCUACGGCGAGGGAAGAGAUUAGGCAUGUGAAGAAUUUUGAUUACGUUGUUGUUAAUGCGAAAGGGAAGCUUGAAGAUUCGGUUAAGCGUGUGGAAUCCAUUAUCGAUGCUGAGAAGUCUAAGGUUCAUCAGAGAAUUGUCCGGAUUUGAUUGAUUUUUUCACAUUCUCUCUUGUGCUUUGCUUUAUAGGCAAUUCCCAUUUUUUAUCACUUUUGAAAUUGAAUUCGGAAUGUCCGUUUUGUCUAAUUCACGUUUCAGUGAAAUUUUGUUUUGAACUUCACCAAUGUAUGUGUGUAGAAUUUAUAAAGUUUUGAACUUC